CAACUGACAGUUGAUCGUUACAUUGUUAUACACAUAAUAGCAAAGUUUCAUAUUGAACCGAGUUUUCUUGGACAUCAUCUUACAAUGAGGGGUGUUUUUGACGAACCAAGACGACCAUUGAAUAGGCAAUGUACACAGGACCUUGAUCACCUAGUAUGCCAGUUAACCACACCCACACUGAAACUAACCCGACAAUCGGAAUCUUUAGAUAUUCCACGUGAUCCCCCAGAAAGAGAUUUAACACCAUCCCCAACUGCAUUAUCUAUAGAUAUGAAAGACAAAUGUUUAAUUUCACCUGCGAAAGAUAAAAAGGAGGCAAAAAAGAAUUGGAAAAGAAGAAUAUUAGAACGGAACAAAAAUCAGGGGAAAAAUGGUUCAGUAAGAUUUGAAGAUUCAAUUGACUUAUCUUUCGACCAAUUGCAAACACCGGAAAUGACGGAAUUUUCAUUUGAAAGCACGUCAUCAAGAUCGCCAUCAAGUUUAAGAAAUUCUCAGGUAUCAUUUGUCUGCGAAUCUUCUCUAGACGCUUCCGACAUUGAUUCAUCGUCUGAAACUAGAAUGUUCAGCGCACAAAAGAUUGACGACGCUUCAGACCAUGAUGAACAGUCCGAUGUAUUCUUCUCAGCAAAGAAAGAUAAAGAAUCUAAAAGACAAAAGCUAAAACGAAUAAUCACCCGACCUUUACGGCGGAGUCAAAGUGCAUGCUGUGAAAAUGAAAUCCCAUCACAUGCAUUAUUUUUAGAUACCAAAAACGGCAAAUCAAAAGACACGAUGGAAAAUCGUGCUUUGGACUUAUUCCUAUAUCAGAAGCUUUUCGGUAGCCAUGAUGACGACGAAAAAGCAAGACGGUUUCACAAGACCUGUUCAGCCGAGUCAGCAUUAGCAGAAAGCUAUCAAGCAAAAUCCAAAUCUAGUAAUUUGGCAAAGAAUGUGAAGAAGAAAUUUCAAUUUCUGCGAAGACAAAACACUGAUUCUGUUGUGGAUCACGAGAGCUCCUUUCCCUUCUGUAACACAACGACUUAUGACCAAGCAUUGCAGUGGAGCAAAUCGUUAGAAGAUCUUCUACGGGACAAAAAUGGUGUUGAGUUGUUUCUAUUGUUUCUUCGGUCCGAGUUUAGCGAGGAGAAUUUAGAGUUUUGGAUUUCCUGUGAAGAAUUUCGAACAUGUAACGAAUCUAGUAUGCCAGUAAUGGCUCAAAAGAUUUAUCAGGAAUUUGUUAUCUCGAAGGCACCGAAAGAGGUAAAUUUAGACGCUGACACCAGGACAGAAACCAUUGAAAAUUUAGAAAAACUUUCCCGUGAUACAUUUGAUGCUCCACAACAUAAAAUUCAAGCUCUGAUGGCAAAAGAUUCAUAUCCCCGAUUUUUAGAGUCCGAUCUUUACCAGUAUCUGAUGGAAAAUGUUUCCAAAGCUUGA